UUACCAUGGCUGCCCUUUUCUGCCCGGUUCCCUUUUUCUAACUUCUGGACUGUGGUUUAAGAUGGCCUUGCUGAGGCAUGUAUCUGGAAGAUAAAAAGGUGAGGAUCAUCCAAACUCCUGAGAAAUCUGUGAGGUAGUAGUAUGAGAUAAGAUCUGCCACUACCGGACAGGGAGCAAGAGGUGACGUUGAAGCUGACAAUGAAGAGAAUUUAAUGUGGAUGAAUUGGAUAGCCUCUGUGUGUUCCUUCCAACUCAGUAAGUGCUGCGGAGAAAGGCGGUCCGUGGGCUGCUGUCCUAGGCUCAGACUUCAGUAAUGUUCUCGUGGAGCUGGCUACCGUUGACCAACUUGGAGCAGCUCUAUGACUUUUGACUAGAAGGCUGUUUCUGAUGCUUGGAAGCUAUUCUUUCAGCCACAAAGAUGGUAAUAAAUCUUUGCCUCCCACAGUUCAGACCAAGAAUUCACUGCAAUAAGGUAUCAGCUGAUGGUUAUGAAGUAGAAAAUCUCAUCUCUGAAGACCUCAUAAAGAGAAGCCAUGGCUUUAGGACAGAGUACUUCAUUAGACCUCCAAUCUAUGUGACAGUUUCCUUUCCAUUUAAUGUAGAACUCUGUAGGAUUAAUAUAGAUCUCACAACGGGGGGAUGCCAGAAUGUCACUGGCCUGGAAUUGUACACAUCUGCCUUAUCUAGCAGAGCUUCUCUGGGUUCACACGAGUGCUGGACUACAGACCCGAUGGAGCUGUCUGUCCCAGACAAGGAGGCAUUCACCUUGGUAGGCAAAGUCCUGCUGAAAAACCAGAAUCACGUGGUGUUCAGCCACAGGGGCUUCAAGGCCAGGCCACCUUUUAGCCCAAUGGAAGUCACACUCCUCUCCCCUGCUGUUGUAGCCCAGGAACUCUGGAAUAAAGGGGCUCUUUCCCUUAGCCAUGUGGCCCAUCUCAAGAUCGGAAUCACCCAUGUGACAGGCAGUGGCAUCUCUUGCAUAAAGCGUUUAGAGGUGUGGGGUCAGCCAGCCAAGACCUGCUCUCAGGAGGUCAUAAACAGUGUCUUGUUGAUAGCAUCAGGAAGCCUGCCAAAGGACUUGGGUCUGCACACUCCAGCCUCGCCCAUGGAGAGUGACUGUGACUCUGGGGGUCAGUCUGAGGGCCAGCAGGCUCCCUGUCUCUUACAGGAGAUGUCUGAGGUGGAUGAUGAUGUGCCUGAGGAGUUCCUAGAUCCUAUUACCCUGGAGAUCAUGCCGUGCCCCAUGCUGCUGCCCUCAGGCAAGGUCAUUGACCAGAGCACUCUGGAGAAGUGUAACCUCAGUGAAGCUACUUGGGGCCGAGUGCCCAGUGACCCAUUCACAGGGUUAGCCUUUACCCCACAGUCCCACCCGCUACCUCAUCCCUCCCUGAAGGCCCGGAUCGACCGUUUCCUACUCCAGCACUCUAUUUCUGGCUGCCACCUGCUUGGGAGAGCACAAACUGCAUCAGCAAUGACCCCUUCUGUCAUUACCCUGCCCUCAAGGAAAAGGAAGCAGGCGCAGGCUGAACACAGCCUUGGCAUGAACACCGUUUCCUCUCCCACAAGCCCUCUGCUUUCACCCACUACCUCAGAGCCCACUGCUAAGAAGAUGAAAGGCCCCAGUGAACUCGGCCUUACGGAUAUGGACUGUUCAGCAGGUCCAGUGUCCCAUGAGCAGAAGCUGUCGCAGAGUUUGGAAAUCGCCUUGACUUCCACCCUUGGCUCCAUGCCUUCCUUUACUGCCAGGCUCUCCAAGGGGCAGCUCCAGCAGCUGGGCACAAGAGGGAGCAGUACUGCCAGGAGGCCAGACACCAGCUACGAGCACCCCAGAAGUGUCUGUGGUCCAGAGUGUGCCUCCUGCAAAAGAGCGUUUUCCUCCUACUCCACGAAGGAGCCUGUGUACCAGCUGCCCUGUGGCCACCUCCUGUGCCGACCCUGCCUGAGUGAGCAGCAGCGCUCCCAGCCCAUGAUGUGCACAGCCUGCCAGCAGCCAGUCGCCAGCCAGGAUGUGCUGCGGGUCCAUUUUUGAGGGACCAACCUCAACUGAAGAAGCCCCAUUUUGGGGGAGACCUGCAGGUGAAGGGAGCAAGAGCAGGAUCCCAGUGGCCCUAUUCUCUCCUGGGUUUUAGCACCUCAUGGUGUAUUACGGGGGCUGGGUCAGGAUACCCCCUCAUGCUUAGACAACACAGGAUAAUAAAGCCAUAGGCUGGGCUGGGGGGACAUCCCUGUUCUCCCUAGCCUACCUUGCCACUCUCCCACCAGAGCCAGACUGUUCAGCAGCACUACCCCGGUACCCCAUGGUAUCCGUACCAGGGUUUCUCUGUGUAACAGCCCUGGCUGUCCUGGAACUUGCUCUGUAGAGACCAGGCUGACCUCAAACUCACAGAGAUCCAUCUGCCUCUGCCUCCCAAGUGCUGAGAUUAAAGGUGUGCACCACCUGGCUGCACACAACCUUCUAAUGGAGUUUUGUUGAUGGCGCUCAGUAGACUGUGACUUGGGACCUCAUACAGCCUUCUCUGCCUCAGGGUUACUCAGAAGUAGACCAUGAUAGGGCACAUGACUUAGCCAUGUGUACCUCCUCCCCUGCAGAUACUUGGAGCCUUAAUAAAAUGGCAGUUGACAUUCA